AUGAAUCAUUCACCUUUAAAAACUGAUGUGAACAUUACUGUCAGAGAGGAUGACAUGAGACUCAAUAUGGGAGGAUUCAAGUUCUCAGCUCAGCAAUUACAAAAUAUAUUCACUUUGAAUUAGAGAAGACGGAUGUGUGAGGAAAUAGACUUUCUUGAGCAGUUAGGAAGUUUAGAGGGUUUAUUGGAUGGUUUGUGUACUUCGAUUAAUGGCGGGAUAGCUACUCAAGACAUCAAUAAAAGGACAGAAUUGUAUGGUCACAAUAAAAGAGUUGUUAGACCACCUUAAACAUAUUGUGAAUUAUUGAUGGAUGCCAUGGGUGACUUCACUAUGAGAGUGUUGACAGUUGCUGCAUUUGCUAGUAUUAUCAUUUAAGUGGCAACUUCAGAUGAUGAACAUAGAUCAUUAGCUUGGAUUGAAGGCUUUGCUAUAUUUGUAGCUGUACUGGUCUGUACUAAUGUUGCUGCUUUGAAUGAUUACUCAAAAGAAAAGCAAUUUCGUAAGUUAAAUGCUGUAAGUGAGAAGUCUAAAAUGGUGACUAUCAUUCGUGAUGGAAAAGAACAUAGAUUGCAUGAGGAAAACUGUCUAGUUGGAGACAUCAUUAAAUUAGUAGAAGGCAUGGAGAUACCAGCCGAUGGAAUACUUAUAGAGGCUUCAGAAAUCAAGAUGGAUGAAUCAUCAAUGACUGGAGAAACAAACUCAAUAAAGAAAGGAACUAUGUAACAAUGUUUGUAGAAAAAAGAAGAAUUGAUUAAUGAAGGAGCUGAAUUUGGAGAAAAGGAUAGAUUUCUUAUCCCAUCUCCAGCUCUAUUAUCAGGCACUAGAGUCCUGGAAGGAGAAGGACUGUUUGUGGUCUGUGUUGUGGGAGAUCUAUCGUGUUUAGGCUAGAUCAAGGCAUCAUUAGAAUAGGAAGAGGAUGAAGAGACUCCUUUAUAAGAAAAAUUAACAAUCAUAGCUGAAGACAUUGGAAAAUUUGGAUUAUAUGCUGCCAUAUUGAUUGUGAUUGUAUUGAUGAUUAGAUUGGCUAUUGAAAGAGGUAUUGAAGGGGAAUGGGAUCACAGUAAACAUUGGAUGGAAAUACUUAAUUUCAUCAUCUUAGGUAUCACUGUCUUAGCAGUUGCCAUUCCUGAAGGAUUGCCAUUGUCAGUCACUAUUUCGUUGGCAUAUUCAGUUUAAAAGAUGAUGAAUGAUAAGAAUUUGGUUAGAAAGAUGUAUGCAUGUGAAACUAUGGGAGGAGCUGAUUCUAUUUGUUCAGACAAAACUGGAACUUUGACUAUGAAUAAGAUGACUUUGACUAAGAUGUGGAAUCAGAAUUAUAUUGAAGUUAAUUAUUUGGCUAGGGAAUAAGAUUUAGGAGUUUUUGGUAAAAUUAAAUAAUUGAUGGUUGAAUCAAUCUGUUGUAAUUCAUCAGCUGAGUUGGAUCCAGAAUCAGGUUCAAAGACAGAAGUUGCUUUAUUGGAAUAUAUGAGAAGAGGAUAAAUUGAUUAUAAAAGCGUAAAAAGUUCAGUUAAAUACCUCCAAAAAAUACCAUUUAAUUCAGGUAGAAAGAGAAUGAGUGUAAUUAUAACCACCUAGAAGAAUGGUUUACCUAUACAUCGUUUAUAUAUUAAAGGAGCCAGUGAGAUUAUAAUAAAAGGCCUUUCUCAUCAACAUACAUUUAAUGAUGAAAUAGUUGCUCUAUCAGAAUAGGAUAUUAAAUAAAUAGAAAAUGUAAUUAGUGAAAUGGCAAAAUAAUCACUUAGAACUAUUUGUGUUGCCUACAAAGAUUUAAAUGGAAGAGAAGACUUAGUGACCAAUGAUGGAAAAGUGUAUGACAUCGAGAAAAACAACUUGACUUUCUUGUGUCUCUUAGGAAUAAUGGAUAAUUUAAGAGAAGGAGUCAAGGAAGCAGUAACACUAUGCAAGAAAGCAGGCAUUAAAGUUAGAAUGGUAACUGGAGAUAACUCUGAAACUGCAAGAGCAAUAGCAUUAUCAUGUGGUAUUAUUGAACCAGGAGAUAGUAAAGCAUUGGUAAUGGAAGGUGCUGAAUUUAUGAACAAAAUAGGAGGAAUAGUUUGCAAGAAUUGUCAGACUGAAUCUUGUAAAUGUUCCAGAACUCAAAGUGAAGCUGAAAAGAACGGAACCUAAUUAAGAGUAGAUACUCUGGGAGAUAUGGGUUCAUUUAAGAAAUUAUAUCCAUAGAUUGCUGUCUUGGCAAGAUCCAGACCUACUGAUAAAUAUGCCAUGAUUGUUGGAUUAAAGGAUUGUGAACAUAUUGUUGCUGUUACUGGAGAUGGUACAAAUGAUGCUCCCGCUUUAAAGAAGGCUGAUGUUGGAUUUGCUAUGGGAAUCUCAGGAACUCAAGUUGCUAAAGAUGCGGCUGCCAUCAUUCUAAUGGAAGACAACUUCAGCGAUAUUGUCAAGGCUGUGAUGUGGGGUAGAAACAUUUUCCAAUCCAUCCGUAAAUUCCUUCAAUUUCAAUUGACUGUAAAUAUUGUUGCUGUUGGAUUAACUCUAAUUGUCUCAGCUGUUCUUAAAUAAGAAGUUCUUAAACCUAUUUAAAUGUUAUGGGUCAAUUUAAUCAUGGAUUCCUUUGCUUCUUUAGCCUUAGCCACUGAACCUCCUAGUCCUGUUUUAUUGAACGAUAGACCUUAUUCUAGAGCCUAAUCUAUAAUUACUAGAAAGAUGCUCAAACACAUUUUAGGUUAAGCAGCAUUUCAAAUGGCAAUUAUGCUAAUUGCAGUAUUCUUAGCUCCUCAUUUUGUCCCUGAAUACACUGAUGGAUUUGAUGAUAGAUUGAAUAAUUGGUUAGAUGAUAAAAAUUCAUUAGAAUUUCCAUCAGAUAUAAAUCAUCCAAAAUACAAUUUGGAUUACUAUCCUGAAUAACUGAUGAUUAGAAGUGGAAGAAUGUUAACUGUUGAUGGCAAGGAUGAUUACGAACCUGUCUAUAGAGAGUUUAUGGUUCCCAGUAGACAUUUCACUUUCAUCUUCAAUAUGUUUGUUAUGAUGCAAUUGUUUAAUUUCUUAAAUAGUAGAAAAUUAAAUGACGAAUUCAAUAUAUUCGAAAAUAUCUGCAAUAAUUCUCUAUUUAUCAUUAUUGUAUUCUUUAUAUUUGCUCUUUAAAUUAUCUUAAUUACUUUUGCUGGAAUAGCAUUCUCAUGUUACACUUACUAUGGAUUAACCAUACAAUAAUGGUUAAUUUGUAUACUAAUAGGAGCAAUCGGAUGGAUUGUUAGUGCCAUAUUAAAAUUAAUUCCAGAAUAAUCAAUAUGUCCAGAAUCUAUAGAAGAACCAUCCACUGAAUAAGAACAACGAAAACCCUCUGGAAUAUUGGAAUUGCGCCGUGGUUCCUCAGUUAGACGUUCACAAAGACAUCAAGAGAUAUAACUAUGA